CGACACCAGAUUCAGCCAGUUAUCCCAUAUUAUCCUCCGUACGCAUGCUAUGCCAUGCCAUGCCACGCCAUGCUGUACCCUCUCGGCAGUGUCUCGCAAGGGGGUCUCUCCUUGCCAUUACGAACAAAAAUCCAAACCCCGCGGUGCGGGCAAACAACCCUGCCCGGAAGCUACUCCUGUGCAACUUGGUGCGACCUACAUAGACAGGGGGGUUCGAUGGGUCAACUUGUAGCCAAUGUGAUCUGUGCAUCGUCGAUCAAGCACAUCUUUAUGACCAGUCUUUCUGCCCCCUUCAUUCAGUCGCCAUCGCAGCAUGGAACCUGCGAGAUUAUAGCCAGGAGGACUAAUUGCCGACUUAACGUAUUGAAAUAGCAAUGACUCUGACUAGAUACCCACUAAACCAACCGGUGGUCUCCCUAGCCGCUCAGGAGAGCUGCUAGUGUGCAUUGGCCUCGAAAAGGGUCUGCUCAGACGUUAUCCGUCUGCAAGCUAGGAGAUAGAUAGGAGAUAGCAGCAGCCGGCAGAUUCCGCACCGUACUUACCGCCGCAACAAUGACUAGAGUAGAUUACGUGCUGUCGCUGAUACCUUUCAACCAUG